UGGUCGUUCCACCGUUCUGGUCACUGGACUUCUAUAUAUAUAGAUUGGUGUGGGGACAAAAAAGGGGGGAUGACAAUUAAGAAGCUAUUGUCCUUGUAAAAAAUGAUGGGGACAUGGAUUAGGCAGGGAUAACAGGGUGCCGAUAUAAAGCAAUGAAUGGAUUUUAUAAAUACUUGGAAGAAUCCAAGUAUUUUGAGGUUAGCCUAGGAAGGGGAUAGAGAGAAAGAUGGUGCCUAUAUUUUCUCACUUAGGAAAUUUGUACUAUUAGUGAAAUAGAAAGCACAAGGGGAAGAGCAGGGUAAAGUGGUAUGCAGAGCAAAGAGGAGAUGAUGAAUUUAGUUUUGUAUCUUGUCUGUGGGACAUCCAAGUGGACAUGUCCAGUAGAUUCUUGGACAUAAUAGUUCUAGGCUCAGGAUGAAAAUUUGGGCUGGAGAUAAACCUAUAGGAGGCUUAUGCAUAGAAAUGACAGCUGAAACUAUAGGAAUAAAAAGACAAAACAGAGGAAAUGUGUGAAGUGAGAAAGUAAAAGCCAAGGACUAAGUCAGGGGAAUACCUAUGUUUGAGGAUGCAGUAGAAAGGGAACCUAAUAAACAAAAGAGUAACCAAAGAGGAAGAAGAAAAACCAAGAGAAUGCCACAGAAUCCCAGGAGAGAUUUUCAAGAUGGAGAAAACCUCGAAUCAGACUACUUUGGCAGGAUUGAACCUAGAUUGUCAAUCAUACGAAAUGUGAACAAUCAAGUUCUCUUCGUUUACCAGGGAAGCCACGCUGUGUUUGAAGAUAUGACUGAUUCUGAGUGUGAAGAAAAUGCAUCCCAGACUAAAAUUAUAAUAUAUACAUAUAAAGAUAGCUACCCUAGAGGCAUGGCAGUAACCCUCUCUGUGAAGUGUCCAGAAAUGUUUACUCUCUCCUGUAUGAACAAAAAUAUUUCCUUUAAGAAAAUGAGUCCUCCUGCUGAUAUCAAUGAUGAAAAAAGUGACAUCAUAUUCUUUAUGAGAAGUGUUCCAGGAUCUAACAAUAAGAUGAAAUUUGAGUCUUCAUUGUAUGAAGGAUAUUUUCUAGCUUGUAAAAAGGAGGAGGAUCUUUUUAAACUCAUUUUGAAAAAAAGGGACAUAGAUUGGGAUGACUCUGUAAUGUUCACUAUUGACUACAAAGAGCUAAAUAUUAAAAUUUCAUAGUUUGAACUUUCUGAGUUUUGUCUUCCAGAAAAGUUAAGUUUGAGUCUGUAAUUGUAAUGAUGAAAUAAAAUGAAUAAUGAUCUCAAAAGAUACCAUUAAGAAAUGAAUAGUAAGCUUUCACAAAAUUGAAUUGACGCCCUUUUAUGCAGAUGAAUAAAUCAUUUGUAUAAUGUAAAAAGAUGCAUAGUUUGAAAACAUAUUCUACAUUGUUGACAUUGGAACAUAGAUUAUACUCAAUAAAAGUGUUUUGAAUCUUU